AUGGUGUUAUUAAAAUCAGUGGGACAAACAGUGACAGCCAUGGUGAGAAUGGACAAGAAAAAUAGAAAUAACAAUAGAUCUAGGCAACAUAAACCUUUACAUCCAACCAGUAAUAUACAAAAAGAUUUAGAAUCACGGUUUAUAGUGUCUGAGUUGAUGAGAAAACCAGGAUUCAAACAUGGAUCGCCUGUAGAGAAAAGUUCCAAGGAAAAUCGUCGGAGGGGGUCUACUUCUAAACUUGAUUUAUUAAAAUCUCUUGGAUCUUCGGAUGCCUCUGAAAAUUUUAGGAAAUUACGACGGAGAAAUUUUCCCGGAUCCUUACAUCUGACAAAACAAGACUUUCUACUGGAAUAUGUCGAGGAUGAACUGCCCCUAGAGAAAUUCCAAAAAGCAGUCAGGAAAAUAAUCACAAUGUUAAAAGUUGUAGGUUUUAUUUCCAUACUCGUCUUUGCAUUUAGAGAAAGACGAAAAGAAACAGACAGAAAUAUGUUGUCAUGGACAACCAUCUGUGAUGACCUUCACCUUACUAGAACCAGAUAUAACGACCUUGGUUUAACCUUUGACCCUACAGACUUCAAGGUCAAGAAAAAGGAUCAUAUUAACAGUGAAACGAUCGAAACGUUGUGUUUACAUCCUGGUGAGCGAACUCCGGAUCAGAUCCGUCAUUGUUUAGUGUCUCUCAACACGUCAGUCCCGGCCUUCAGUGAGUUCCCGAAAAAAAUGCAGACAGCAUUACUACAAGUCGGAUGGUAUGAAAGGUUCGAAGCUGGUCGAGUGAUAAUUCGUCAAGGUCAUCGUGCUGAUAGAUUUUACCUAAUACUUUCUGGUCAAGCUGUAGUAACAAUCCUGGAAACGAGACCAAAGAAGAAAUCGAAACAGGAAUCCAGGGCGUCACACGACGGCCUACCGAAAAUACACGAAUCUGGAUCAGAUAGGAAACAGGAACAAUAUUAUGUCCGAACAGCUCGCUUACUGGAAAAGGGAAAAAGUUUUGGGGAGCUAGCUUUACUACAGGGUUCAAUACGAACAGCAACUGUAACUUGUCGAACCGACAUGGAAUUACUGGCUCUAGAUAGACCGGAUUUUAUUAACAUCUUUAUGAAGGCAGAUACAGGGAAGGAACCAGAUCACAUUCAAUUCCUUAAAAGUCUGGAUAUUUUGAAAGGAUGGCCAGUUGAUAAAAUACCUUGGAAUGAUCCGAAUAUCUGUGCCUUUACAUAUGUCAGAAGAGAAACUAUUCUCUGUCAAGAUAGUAAUAAUUCAGAUCUGAUAUUUGUGGUGAUGUCAGGAACAUGUCGAGUAUUAAAAUCUCUACCAGCUGUUCAACCCAAACUUUACCGUAGUGAAGUUACAGACUACGGCCUACAGACCCCACGUACAAACAGAACAGAGAACAUCAAAGUUCGAUCACCGACGUCUGCAAGAGAUUCCCACUCUCCUACGUCCUUACGACCUGGUCGGAAACCGUUACGCAGUAGACUAGAGGCUGAUAUAGCUCUGUCGAGAAACAACACUGUUUUAUCGUCCGUGGUUUCCAAAACUCCAGAACAAGUGGCAGCAGAUGCAGUAGAACACAUCAACAUAAUCAACAAUGUUUAUAAUAAAAGACACGUGCUGCCACCAAUUGAUAAACAUUCCCGCCAAAAUACCACCGUCUCAUCGUUUGCUCAACAGACCUGGUCAACGACAGCAGACGACAGUCCUGAUGAACAAAUAUAUAUCCAUCUGACAAAACUGGGACGCGGAGACGUUUUUGGGUUAGAACAAGUGGUAUUAAAGGGGCUGGGAGAGACCACCAGUUCGUGUCUGGUUUCUGACGGUGCCGAGUGUAUCAUGAUCAAUAAAUUAUUCUUCCGAAAACACCUCACCCAGGAUCUCGCUAAACAGAUGAGGAAAAAGAUUCAGCCAUUUCCCUCAGAAGAUAUUUUACAGCAGAAAUUACAGACUCAAAUAGACUGGGAGGAAUUUAAACAUUUAACAGUCUUGGAUCAUCUGGAUUUUAAUAAACAUGUGCAGACGGUUUCUUGGAAACACUGAUCUUUGCCUGGACAGUGGACAAGUCGUCUUUUAAAGAGAUUUUUUUAAUUCCACAAGUGUCAAAUAAUUUAAAUAAACAAAGACUGGUU